AUGAACAGGUUUGGUGGCUAUCAAUGGAACAUUGCAUCUACAAAUAACUGUACAGGAAAAGAAUUUCAAAACGCCUCGUUAGAACUCAUGGAUCGUCUGAAAACAAGUCCAAUGUACUGCGGUAUUCGUAUGUUCUUACUCUAUGUACAAAUGGCCAAAUGUGUCAAAUUGGGUUGCAAGACUGAUAUGCCGGAAAAAUUGGUCACACGGCUAAUCACGGAAUGUCUGUAUGAGGCACCCACAUGGCUACCAGCCACUCGCUUUGAUUAUUACAAAAUAAUUGACAUUGUGAUGAGCGAACACUUUUGGCGGGAUGCACCAUUCAUACGGAUCUUGGAACAAAUGCAACGUGUCCUGUCUCACUUGACGGAAGUUCUCAGCGAAUACUUUCUGAUCAGUAAAUCCGAAGUUUAUCAACGUGGAAAUUUAUGGAUCUUUCGUCGAUUUCAUUCAUCAAUUUCAACCAAAGAAUUUUUCCGGGUAACUUUGACGCUUGUCCGACAUUCGUAUUCUUUAAAUGAGUUUUAA